AUAAGCUUCCAGUCUGACAAAUCUCUCUCGCUCAGCUUACGCCACUCCUACUAUAAUCCUAAAAAGACUCUCGCAGCUUUCGUCCCGACCCACUCUCGAUUCCCCUCCCCAAUCUACAGGAACGCCGCUCCAGGAUUCAGCCGCGAUUCGAUCGCCGAGGCGACCGCGCCGCGCUGUCCCGCCCACUCGAUUCGGUCGUGCGCGCGCUAGGAAGUUCGUCCGUCACGCGCCUCGCGGUUUUGUGUUCGUUUUCCCGUUCUGGUUUUCCUGUGGCUCGCUCGGUUACCGCUUUUAAUCUUAUAGCUAGUUCGAUCGAUCUCGGUUACUGUGUAGGUAUGUGUUGCAUGUAUAUGCUGAUUAUUAUGACUAACUGCUUGAUUGAUUGCUUGAUUUUGUUGUGGUGACCAAUUUUCCUGGUUCGGUUCAACCAUGCUCGUCAAUUGGUUCGUUGACUGCUGCUUGAUUGAUGUUAUUGAUCAUUUAAAUUAGAUGAUGUGCAUCCAGAAAAUUCGAUCCAGUUCGCUUUAAACCCGUGGUGUAUCCGCCUAUACGAGGGGUUUGGGUUGCGUUUCAUCUUCUUGGUACCAAGUGUGUUCGAUCUAUUUACUGGCUACAACUAUUUGGGCGUGUAGGAUAAUGGCUGCACAAAUCAUUAUCAGUAAUUCACAUUACCAUGUAUAUAUCAUACGGCCGAUGAAGCGGCAUGAGCUAGCUGUGCAAAUGGACUCCUGUUAUUUCAGAAAUUUUGAACUUCAUAGAUCCCUGACCACACGUCCUCUAUUUUUGGAUUGAACUGGCAACUUAUAUCCUUCUUCAUCACACUCGUGCUGUUCUGGCUAAUCCAAGCUUCCAUGACACUGGCACACUGCAUUUUUCUUGCUCUCCCUGUACCUGAAACGGUGCCCCUGUUUUGGUUCCUCAUCCAACUCUCAUUUGUGCCAAAGGAAGAAACAUAAUUUUGUUUUCGUUCACCAAUCAAACAAAACAGUGGAUAUGCUUGUAACAACGUGUUGAGGGCUCGUUCUCAAAAAAAAAAAAAAAAGGUUGAGGAGAAACCAUCACUGUUUUAGAUAAGUUACCUUCCGGAAUCCUAGUUAAAGAGGGCAUGUUCGGAAAGCAGCAACUUGCAGACUACUUACUUGCUGCGUGCAGCAUUGGUUACUAAUUUUCUUUACUGCUUUGGCACAGAGUUGGGGGAAUUCACUUAUGCAGGUUCUUUCAAUGAUGCUGCUUCACUAGUUAUUGAGACGAUCCCUAUUCAGUAGGAAAUUGUAGAUAGGUUACAUUUCAGGUACAAACCACUGAAGUCUUAAUUAGGACGCUGGCUUUCUCAAGAUGUUCUUGAUGGGAGAAUUAGAGGAAGUUUAGUUUAUUUGCGGAUAUUGCACGACUUUAAACCAAUGUUUGGACAAGUUUCUUCCUUUGAAGAUGAAGCCGGUGGCUGCUGGAGAGAACGGGGGGCCAGCACCACGGUAAAACUGAUGCAGAUGGAUCACUGUGUACGAAUUGCUUGGAAAUUCUUCUCUGGAUGGAUAUCAGUUGUGUAAUUUGUUUUCUCACAGCUCACAAUCCAGCUAGUUUAUUCUAGCUGUGAUUGUUUGGUGAUCAAACUAUGAGGUUUUUGCUGAUUGGAGCUGUCCGGCGUUGCUUUGGUCUUGUGUCAAUAUGCCUGGUCUUCAGCAGUAUUCAGCAACCAGAACUACAUGCAGUGGUUUCCUCUGUGACUGCAUUCUGUAUUGAGAGUCAUCCUGCUAAAUGCAUAAUACUUGCAGGUAUUUGUGUUGCGUUUGCAACGCGAUAGUUUUUGCGCUACCAAACAGCCGACAUGGGUGCCGUGCAGCUUGAGUCUGUUGCUGCUCAACAUGCACACGCUAAACUAAAUGUGGAUUCACUUCCUCAAGGCCCUUCGUUGUUUGAUGGAAAUGACACAGCCAGGAUUGAUGGUUCUAAGUCUGAUGAGUACGAAAGAUUUGAGAAGGGAUUAAUGCAGUAUGGAUGUGCGCAUUACCGAAGGAGAUGCCGCAUACGAGCUCCGUGCUGCAAUGAGAUUUUUGAUUGCCGGCACUGCCACAAUGAAUCAAAGAAUUCGAUUAAAAUUGAUACUGCUAGGAGACAUGAACUUCCACGCCAUGAACUGCAGCAGGUCAUAUGCUCAUUGUGUGGCACUGAACAAGAGGUACAACAAACAUGCAUAAGUUGUGGUGUAUGCAUGGGAAAGUAUUUCUGUGAAGUGUGCAAGCUCUUUGAUGAUGAUGUCUCAAAAGAGCAGUAUCACUGCCAUGUGUGUGGAAUAUGUAGAAUUGGUGGCAGGGAGAAUUUCUUUCACUGCUCAAAAUGCGGAUGUUGUUAUUCCAAAGUGUUGAAGAACAGUCAUGCAUGCGUUGAAGGAGCCAUGCAUCAUGACUGUCCAAUCUGCUUCGAGUACUUGUUUGAGUCGAGAAAUGAUGUCUCUGUUUUGCCAUGUGGUCAUACCAUUCAUGAAAAAUGCUUGAAAGAGAUGAAGGAGCAUUGCCAAUUUGCAUGCCCGCUCUGCUCCAAGUCAGUAUGUGACAUGUCGAAGGCAUGGGAAAGACUGGAUGCAGAACUAGCGACUCUGUCAAACUCCUUCGAUGAUAAAAUGGUUCGCAUAUUGUGCAAUGAUUGCGGGGCAGUAUCAGAGGUGCAGUUCCACUUAAUUGCACACAAGUGCCAUAAUUGCAAGUCGUACAACACCCGGCAGAUUUGAAGUAGUGAAGCCCUGGAUGGAUUCUACAUUCUUCCUGGAAGUUGGUGAGAGUGCUCCGGCAGUGGAGAUUCGUUCGUCUACGUGAUGUUUGCCGCGAAGGCACAUCACUAGACAAUUUAUCUGCGUCCUCGGCUGUUAGCUGCCCUGCAUCGUUUCUGUUAGUUCAAAAAAGUGUGUUAACAGUUUCCGCGCGUCCGUUCAAGCCUUGCAUAUUUCAGCACUUGGCAGACAGGUAGUACUCGAUUGGUAUCACCAUUGGCCAGGCCUGCAACGGAUAGGAUCUCCUCUCCAGGGAGAGUGUUGUGUGCAUGCAGCAGGUUGUGUGGCAUAGGGUUUAAUGGUUGCAAACUGUCUUGAUCGACAAUUUCCUUUUCAGUGAUCACCAAGUUGGGCUGUCA